CAUGUUCGCCUUCAACUACAUCCUGCUGGCGCUGUCGGGCAUCUGGCCUCCGGAGGGCCUGCCGCCCGCGCUGCUCGGCGUGUACGUCGUGCUCAGCACCGUCGCGCACGCCUUCUUCUUCUACUCGUGCGGCGCGUACACGGUGGGCUUCCUCAACUGCGACGACGUCGACCUGGCCAUGGGCGCGGCCUGCGACGUGCUCGUCGUCUACCUCACCUGCUACAAGAUCUUCGUGCUGCUCAAGAACAAGCGGGUCAUCAACGGGCUCGUGUACUCGCUCAGGCACGAGCUCAACGUGUCGUACGCGCCGCUGCAGCGCGCCUGCCGCGACCACGAGGAGGCCGUCAACAACCUGGCGUCCAAGGUCACGGGCCGCUACUACCUCGUGCUGCUCUCCGUGGACGCCACCUACAUCUUCAUGUACUUCCGCGCUGAGCUGCGCGGCCAGGUGCGCAUCCCCAUGUGGGACCCGUUCGGCGCGCGCGUCUCCACGGGGCUGCCCUUCCUCCUGUACAGCUGCGUGCCCGUCUCGGCCGCGCUCAUGUCCGGCAUCCACACCACCGUGUUCGACACCAUGAUCCUCACCUUCAGCCUGCUGCUCGGCGCCAAGAUCGACAACCUGACGCGGCUGCUCGUCACCCUGGAGGAGGACACGGGCCCGCGGCCCGCGGCCGAGGUGCGCGCCGAGCGGCAGCGCCGCCUGCGAGAGGCCGUCAUCAUCCACCAGAAGAUCAUCAGGUUCGUGGACAACCUGGAGCGUGCGCUGUCGUCCCUGUCGCUGGCGCAGCUCAUGGAGUCCCUGGCCACCAUCUGCCUCCAGGGGUAUCGCCUGACGGCCGCGCCGCCCUCCAUGGACGAGGGCAUCCCCAUGAUCAACUUUCUGCUGUGGCUGCUGCUGCAGCUCUGGAUCCUGUGCUGGAGCGGGGAGAACAUCGCCACCAAGAGCAAGCACCUGGCCGUGGUGGCGGCGCGCUCCCACUGGGCGGACGCCGGCCACGCCUUCCACGUCAACAUGCAGAUGCUGAUGCUGCGAGCGCAGCGGCCGCUGGCGCUCACCGGCUUCAAGAUGGUCCGGCUCAACUACUCGACCUACGUCGAUAUUGUCAAGAACUCGUACUCCCUGUACACGUGCAUGCUGCGCAUGCAGUCGAAAAAUCGUAGCGAGAAACCGAACAGGUCACCCGAGAUGAGUGAAUUACCAUGAAGAGUCAAGAAAAAGAUUCCAACUAGUUUUGAAAUAUUGUCUAGUCCGAUCAGUAGGGUGGGGCAAAAGCAAGUGCCCCAUCCUUUAGUGUCCUCUUUCGUAUUUUACUCUGUUCCAUUUUCUCUUUGAAGGUGGCCAGCGCUACUGAUCAUUUGUGAUCUUUUCUUACUUUUUUUAGGUGCAGUAGAAAUUUUAAUUUAUAUUUUCA